GUGCAUCCGGAUGCGAAUUUCCCGACUAUCUGCAUUAUGCUGGGCGGCUGCACAGUGAAAGCUUCACUGAUGAUAUUUUGCUACAGGCAUGGCACACCCGGGUCUCGGGUACUAGCAAUGGAUCAGCGAAACGACAUCCUGACGAGCGCUGUUGCUCUUCUUGGAGCUUACAUUGGUGACAAUUUCUGGAUAUAUGCUGACCCAAUUGGCGCAAUUUGUGUCUGCACAUUUGUAGCUACAUCAUGGUUCUACAAUGCAGCGAACAACAUUCCAAUGCUGAUUGGCAGACGCAGUGAUCAGGAGAACUUAUCUCGGAUAAUCCGAAUCUGCGUUGAGCACGACGAUCAUAUCAAGUGUCUGGAUCACGUAAUGGUUUACCACACCGGAUCAUUGGCAACGGUCGAAGUUCACAUCGUACUUGAUGAUCAUUUGCCACUCAAAAUCACUCAUGAUAUCAUUGAAUCGCUGACAAUGAGAAUUUCUGCUCUACCGUUUGUUGAACGAGUCUUCGUACAUGGUGAUUAUGUGUGUGACGGUGACUGGGCUACUUAG